UUCUUAUAUACAGCACAUUUCAAUCCCCAUCCCCAUCCCCAUCCCACAAGAACCGAACAAAAAAAAAAAGAAAACCAAGAUGCCCAAAAAACCCGCACCACCGCCAACAACCACCUCCAAACCCAACCCCAAACCCAAACCCAAAACCAAACAAUCCCCCGCUACAAUCCCCCCCAAUGCAUCACCAACCGCCCAAACAAGAAUCCCCUGGCCUCCUCUGACCCCAUCCCCCAAGAACCCCUUCUACCACCCCACCAAACCCACCCUCCACCUCCUCAUCCCCAACCAAGCCUACAUCAUCCCGGAGUUCUUCCCGGCCCCCUUGUGCAAAACCUACACCACCUUCCUCGCCUCCCUGCCACUGGUGACCACACCGAACAAACCCAAGAAGGGGGACGCGGUGCGCGUCAACGACCGCUUCCAGGUCCAGGAUGACGGGUUCGCGGCGCAGUUGUGGGAGUAUACCUGCCUGCAGCGGUGUGUGACGGGGAAGACGAAUCCGGUGGAGGAGAGGUUGUACUCGUAUGAUGAUGACGCAGAAGAGGAGGGGGCCGGUCAGAUCGACCGGGAGGAGGAUGAUCUCAGCAAGAAUGGGAUGUGGGGUGGGGAGCCGUUGGGGUUGAAUGGGAAUAUUCGGAUUUAUCGGUAUACUAAGGGCCAGUUCUUUGAUAAGCAUUACGAUGAUUCCAACUCCCUUACUUUCAACACGCCAGAGCAACCGGCUAGGCCGGCUCGCACGACAUGGACCCUACUCAUCUACUUGACGGCUUGUGAGGGCGGAGAGACUAUCUUCUACCCGGAGCCCACGCGGAAGGACCGCAACCCCCAGCCGGUCUCAGUCAAACCCGUGCCGGGUAUGGCGCUGCUGCAUCGACAUGGCGAGCAUUGUAUGCUGCAUGAGGGGGCCGAGGUCCGGAGCGGGGAGAAGUGGGUGUUGCGGAGUGACCUGGUUGUUGCGCGGUGAAACCACUUGUCUACCCAUCACGACAUUCGAGUCAGAAAGCUUCGAGAAAGUACUGUACUCUACCGGAAGUGCUCUACAGGCCUACCACGACUGACCCAAAGAAUAUGUAUCCACCAUUGUCAAAGACAUAUUAUGAACAAAGAAAACACCCGGACAGACACCGGACCACACCGGUGCGUCCACUAUCAGACACAUAAACAGGAGGUUGCAUCUGUCUGAAAAUCC